AUACAAAUAUUUAGCUCUUACUCUCAAUCCUCUACUUGUCAGUGAAGUCAUGAACACCACAACUUAUCCACUUUUUGUGAUUUUGCUAUGUAUUGUAUCCCUCAAACAUGUCAUAGCACAGCAGUGCAAGUCAGUCCUUCAGUCAUCAGGCUCAGCGCUGGCGAUGCUUGAUCAGCUUACCGAUCCUUGUCGUUACAACAAAUGGCAGCGACCCAUUGUAUCAGAGAAAACAAAGGUGUUCACACACAUACAUGUGUAUUCCAUUGUGAACAUGGACCCCCUGCACUUGGAGUACACGGUCCAGAUUCUACUGAGGUUCCGUUGGAGCGACCCCAGACUGAGGCAGGCCAACGUGCUGAGACAUGAAGGAGAUGAGCUCAGAGAUAUGAUCUGGCAUCCUCACCUGUACAUCACCAAUGAGCAGCACUCCACAGUGAUGGGGUCUUCACAGAAGGACGUCAUGAACUCUAUCUGGCCAGAUGGCACUAUUGUCAGUCUCUCAAGGAAAAAAAUAACUCUUCGAUGUGAAAUGGACCUUCAAAAGUUUCCAUUUGAUCAGCAAUAUUGUCCAAUAAUAAUAGAAAGCUGGAGCUACAACACUAGUCAACUAGAGCUGGUGUGGGAGGAUGUCACAGUAGACAGCCAGCUGCACUUGCCCGAGUAUCUGUUGCUGGGUGUCAUUACCAACAGCUCCACUGCCAGCUACAUGCCUGAGAACAAGGGUAGUGGUGACGGUGAUCUGCCGCUGUAUGGCAAAACUGCUGGAAACUUCAGCACGCUGUCUGUAUACUUUACUCUUAAACGUUUGUAUGGAUUUUACAUAAUGGACUACUAUGUUCCAAGUGCACUUAUCGUUAUAGUUUCAUGGGUUUCUUUUUGGCUGGAUGCUAAUUCCACACCAGGGCGAACCAUUUUAGGAACAAGCACGCUCUUAACAUUCAUCACUCUCUCACGAAACAUUGGCAGUUCCCUUCCCAAAGUGUCUUAUGUCAAGUCUUCUGAAGUGUGGUAUCUAGGAUGUAUCGGCUUUCUCUUUAGUUCUCUAGCAGAAUUUGCAUUCGUUAAUGUGAUUUGGAGGAGAACAAAAAAUGUAAAUUUGAAGAAAGUAACAGGGAAGCACAUAUUACAGUCAACUCUUACACCUCAAAUCUACCGCAAAGAGCUCGGUCUGAACCCUUCUAAAUCAAUGCCUUCCAUGUGCCCAGUGCCAGAACAUUAUACAACUCCCAAGUCUAAACUCAACGGUGACUUUUCUAUAUAUAGCUCUACACAUUCAUCAAUGAACAUGCAAGACAGGCUAUCCACUGCACCUCUAUCAGUGCCUAAACUGGAAGGAAAAGGGCCCUCAAAAACACUUUUCACAAUGACUCCUCAAGAAAUUGCAAAUUGGAUUGAUCGUAGAAGCAGACUGCUUUUUCCUAUUGCUUUUGUGAUUUUUAACUGUGUGUAUUGGAUUUGGACACUGAUAAUGCUAUAAAUUUUGAAGACCAUAGCCACCUACCCCUGAGUCAAUUACUCAGUGUUUAAUUUUGUAUGUUAC